AUGCAUUCGCCGUCAUAUUUUUUCCACCUCAAGCUAGAGCUCUACCCUGCACCUGCUGCAAGCGCCCGCACGAACAAGAGAUUGACUAUAGCACACGCAACCACUGCCUUCGUACCAUCCCACGACACCGAUAUCUUCAGGUCGAAGCUACCCACUCACUCCACCAGCAGCUGGACUGCCAAACGAGCCGAGACGCCGAAGAGCACAGCCAGCAGUUCCGACACCUCCAAGUCACCACCCCGAAACUCCUCCAACGAACGAGCAGAGUCCCAUGGUGAUGCCCUCUUACUGCCCGAGCGGAGUUCGAACCUACGAGAUCUCCCACCGCCGCCAUCACCAGCUCUCACACCCGCCAAGCGCUCCAACGAGAAAUCGGCAAGAGAUUGGAGGUACGAGGCUGUCAGUAUCGAGAGCAUAGAGAUGGAACCUCAAACACUGUCAAAGGGCGCCAAAAGUGCAGUGACGGGACUACAUACCAAAGCGGUCUAUCAGCCUUCGGAUCCGAAGACGACGGAUGUGGGAUUCGGUGUCAUUCACCUCUACCGUGAUUCGGAGGAGUCGGUAAUUCUUGGUGAUGACUACACUCUUGCGCGUCCACGUCUCGAUAAGGUUGCCGCCUCUCGCUCGGCAAGUGGCCACAGCCAUGGCCAUGCUGCAGAAGAAGACGCCUUCCCGACAGAAGACUGCACCACUCUCUCCAUCCUCGCCGUACCCUCAUGGAUGAUGCCCUCCGAUCUCCUUGGUUUUGUAGGCGAUCAAGCACGAGAAGAAGUAUCGCAUUUCCGCUUGAUCAGAACAGGCAGAGCGAACAAAUAUAUGGUCCUCAUGAAGUUCAGAUCGGCGAAGAAGGCUAAAGAAUGGCAGGCGAACAACAAUGGUAGAUUGUUUAGUGCUGCGGAGCCGGAGAACUGCCAUGUAGUGUUUAUCAAAAGCGUGGAGUUCUUGACGCCGGAUGAGGAUGUUGACGGUCAUGACGGGAGUUCUUUCCCGGGAAACAUGAAUGAUCCUUUCACGCCUGCUCGGGUUGUGAGUGGCGGCAUGGCAAGGUCAGCGAGCAAGAGUCUGACGAGCAAGCCACUUGCGCCUCCACCACCAAAUCUGAGAGAGCUGCCAACUUGUCCUGUGUGUCUGGAGAGGAUGGACGAGACUACUGGUCUUCUUACCAUCCUCUGCCAGCAUGUAUUCCACUGUGCUUGCCUGGAGAAGUGGCGCGGGAGUGGUUGUCCUGUCUGCCGAUACACGCACUCGCCAUCUUACACUUUCCCAUAUCCACGACCAGAUGGCACAAGCUCAGAGGACGAUGCAGAUCAAUUUUGCCGCGACUGCAACAUCAACACCAAUCUCUGGGUCUGUCUCAUCUGCGGCAACUUAGGCUGUGGCCGCUACGAUGGCGCCCAUGCGCGAGCACAUUACGAAGAGACAUCUCACUGCUACAGCAUGAACAUCACCAGCCAGCACGUCUGGGACUACGCUGGAGACGGCUACGUCCACCGCUUAAUCCAGUCGAAGCAGGAUACGAGCGGCAACAAACCCGGUGAUGUGGCUACGCAGAUGAGACAUGAAAACGAGGCGUUCAGGGCUGAGGGCGCGGAUAGUGUGCCAAGGGAGAAGAUGGAGAGUAUGGCUACCGAGUAUACUUAUCUUCUCACCAGUCAGCUGGAAGGUCAAAGGAGAUAUUUCGAGGAGCAGGUUGAGCGGUCGGCGGAUAAGGCUGCCAAAGCUGCUUCGAAGGCGAGUACGGCUGAGCAGACACUUUCAGACGUCCUGGAACAGCUCAAGGAUCUGAAGACCCAUCAGGAGGACUCUACGACCCGGAUGAACAACCUCGAGACCUCUCUCGCGAAAUCUCUGGCGGCAAAGGAGCGCUUCGAGAAGCUCUCCCGAACCAUGACCAGCCAGCUCCAAGAAGAGAAAAUCAUGACCGUUGGUCUUCUGGCACGAAUCAAGGCCGCGGAUGAGAAAGUAGAGGCGGAGAAGCAGAAAGUCGAGGCCGCCGCGCAGGAAGUCAAGGAGUUGCAGGAGUCGAAUCAGGAUUUGAUGGGGUUUCUGAGCGGGCAGGCGAAAGUGGAGGUGUUGAGGGAGGCGGGUGUGGAGGUUGAUGACGGGAGUGUGGGGUUGGUGCAGGGGGGUAAGGGGAAGGGGAGGAAGAAGAAGUGA